AUGCCUUUGUGUUCGAGUCUGAAAGAUUUGAUGAAACAGUACCAUACAUUGGCAGUGUACGUGUGCUGCUCCAGCUGUGGUUGCAGGCUGAGGGAGCUGGAUCUACCACAGGAUCUGUGGGAGGAACUGGAGCACAGGCCAGCGGAGGCCCACCAGCAGAACCGGGAGGCCCACAGGGCGGCUGCUGUGGCCUGGAGGAGGGCCCUGAGGCUGGGGAGUGAGAGGAGCCGCAUGGCCCGUGAGAUGCGGGCACUAGAGGCUGAGAUGAGCGCAGCUAAGCAGGAGGCAGACGAGAGCAGGCCGAGAGCCUCUGUGUUGGAGCAGGAGCUCUCUGAGCUUAGAGAAACCCAGAGUCUGGCCGAGGCGGGCAGGGUGACUCAGAGGAAGGACAUGGCUGUGGCGAUGGAGCUGAUCGGGGGCAUGAGUGGAGGGGACGCGCACAGGCAAGACAUGGUGGCAGAGACCGUGAUGGAGUCCCUCAGGCGGGUGGAGGACACAGUGGAAAGGGCACUGAAGGCCACUCGGCUGCUCACCCGCACUGAGAACAGGCUAGGGGAGAGGGUGGAGGCCAUCAGUCGCAGGGUGGAGGAGGCGCUUAGCAGAACUGCAGAUGCUGAGAGCCAGCUCAGUGUCCUAGAGGCACAAGUCUCCUCCAAUACAUCGUCCUCAGAUAUUUCUGCAGACCCUGAUCUGAAGUCAGUGGAUGCCAACCAUACAGUGGUUUGCAGCAGAGGGUCCACCACUCACACUGGACUGGAGUCAGUCUCUCGCCUUUGCAGCCCUAACCCCACCUUUCUGACAAAUGGUAGUGACUAAUUUCUUCUGCCAUGUUAAAAAAAAACCUGUACAGCAAGUCCUUUAUGUUAGUUUUUUUUUUUUACCUUGCCUCUGUGUGGGAAGUAAAAGCCAGCGUCUGUUUUCUUCUUCCUGUUGGCUCCUUUGGGGGGCCUGUGGCUCAAACCCAGUGCUCCUGAAAGACACUGGAUUAUGACAAAAGCAUAAUCAGCAUUCGGUUCACAUGAGCAUAUGCAGAAAAACCAAUAAUCCUAACAACAUAGUGUGGGUUGCUAUGCUUAUUUUAACAGGACUGUGUGUAUGCAUCCAUGUGCGUAUGCAUAUGUGUGCGUGUAUGUGCGCUCAUAUGUGACAAAAAUACACGUGAUCUCAAGCACAGUGUCAUUGGUCCUCCUAAAACCCCCUGGGACUCUUGUGUUCUCUGCUUCACCAUGAAGUGAUCAGUCAACGGUGUUGCUUUUGCAUGGCAAAUCAGAAGCUAAAUCAAGGGUUGCGCGGAUGUCCUGUAACAUGGCGACUGCAUGCACUGGAGGCUUUUUCAAUGGCAUGUUUAUACUGACAUUCUUUGGGCGCUCGUUCAGAAACUUCAGGCUUUCAUAGAAAUAGCUUUAAGAAUUUCAACUCCUCUGGGAAAUUUACAGUG